UUGUGAUCGCCGCGAGUGAAACGCACGAAAUUUAAUCGUGCUCACAUGGACGAAUAUUUUGAAUAUGUGCUUGCAUCGUGCCAAUCGAAGAUACCAGUGAACAAUGGUGAACCUGUGCCACUUCCCGAAUUGAAAAUCGUAGCGGUCGUGCACGUAAAUAAACAAUGUAAGAAUCCAGUGUUUAUCUUCUUUGGGUGCAUGUUAUCAAAUUGCGUCUCGACAUCCAGCCGCACACGAUAGUGACCACACCGCUUCGUCAUCGCAAUAAUGUGAAAAACAUCUUAAACACACACAAUGAAUCGUUAUGACGAAAACUUGAAAGAGAAUGCGUUCUACCAGAGGCUCCUGGAUUAUCCUUUGAGUCUGGAGGAUGUGUCCAACAAUGACUGGAUCAUUUGCGUUCCUCGAAGGGGCACGGUGAUGGAACCGAUCACGCUUGACGACAUACUCUCACAUAUUCUAGUCCCUAACGACGAAAUUCCGAACAGAUUCCGAACUCUAAACAAUAUUAUUGUUAAUAUAAAAAACGGAAAGCUGGAUGUUGAAGAUCGUGUUGAUUACAUGAAUUCUAUUGAGAUUUUGUUCGAUGAGACAUUCUAUCACGAGCGCAUGAAGUACAAAGUCUACUGCAUUGAUUUUCCAAUCUGCGGAAAUUACGCUGCAACCAGUCCAAUCAAGGUGAUAAUAAAUUUAAGAGACUGCAUAGAUUUCCUGUGGAUCGAGACGUAUGGCAGGGUUGUUUUCGACAAGAUCACGCAAGUUUGCCAUUCUUCUAUCGCUAGGUACGAAUCAGAUAAUGCCGACACUAGUCCCACCUUGGAGGAUACCAUAGAACGCAUGCGAGAUCUCUUCCAUUUCUGCUUGGACGUCACAUUAGAAUGUAACGUUCUCAGAGAUAAUAUCAAGACCGAUGAUUUACUAUACUUCAAUUUGACAUUAGCGACUGAAACAUACAUGCAGCAUGUACUAAAAGAAUAUCUUUUUCCAACAAUCACUUCGAUCACGUCGUAUGAUGACGGUAAUCUUAACAAACGAACACGAAACUUGCAAGAUAUACAAAUGAAGCACCUCGACCUGCAGGACUUUCAGGAUGUCAUUACUUCAGCGAAAUGCGCGCUUAAAAAGAUAAAUCAAUACAGUACAACACUAGGUAAGAUGCAUUGCUUGAAAACCACAUUCCAAAUUUUGGCGGAUGCGACUGACCAACACAACGAGGAGGUUUUGGUUGACGCGGACGAUUUGAUCGCGCUGUUUGCCUUCCUCAUCAUUAAACUCAACGUGAACAAUUGGAUUGCAAAUCUAACGUUUCUCAAACACUUCAUGUUUUGUCGUACGGAAACGCAGGAUGAGGCAGCGUAUCUUGUUACUACCUUGGAGGCAGCGAUAAAUUAUAUAAACGGCCCAUCGUUAUUCGAGGAGCUGUACAGUGAUGCAAACACUAGUCAGAAUCGUGUUAUAGUCGAGGUUGCCAAUUGUAACUUAGAAAACCUAAAACGUUUGUUUCCCGAAGAAACGCUUGACUUUUGCGGCGAGAAUCCCGAUCACAAUCCAAAUUUAUGUCAUCCACUCUGCGCCUGCGACAAAUGCGAGCAGAUAUUAAUUGAGACGAGAUUAAACACGCUUACUUGUUACGGGUAUACAGACGAUAAAGGUCGAAACUGUUUGCAUAUUGCGUGUAUGUUUGGAUUCUCGGAAAUCGUCGAUUUUUUAUUGCAUAAAGGUAUUCCGUGCCAUGUUGCUGAUUAUUCGGGAUCGUAUCCGCUUCAUCAUGCCGCUCGCCAUGGUCGCAUUGAUCCACUUUUGCUGCUGCUUAAUGUUGGUGCAAACGUGAAUGCAAUGAAUGCGUCUGGUAACUCUGCACUGCACUUGGCCGCCAACAAUGGCCACGAGAAUUGCAUCAAAGGAUUACUGUGUCAUUCUCAACUUCGUGAAAACGCGCUGGAUUUAAACGCUUGUAAUAACUGGGGUGAAACAGCCCUGCAUUUGGCAUCGAAAUGGGGCUACGCUAAGAUUGUGCAAAUGCUCCUACAGUACAAAAUAGAUUUUUCCAUUCGGAACAAACGGAAUGAGACUGCGAUGGACGUGGCCCAAAAUGAAAACAUUAGUAAACUUAUUUUGUCGUUUAUUAAAGCGAACGGGCUGGAAAGCAUCGUGGAAUCUGUUAGAUUUCACACGCCUGAAAUAAACGAGCUGAUUUGCGACACUGAAAAUUCGUGGUAUCAGGGUGUCCGCCCGACGAACUUCGAACAGUUUAAGAAGACUGAUAAACUCUUAAAAGCCAUACAAAACAACGAUCUUCCCCUUAGUUGUUUUUACCUUGGUAUCCCUGUGUCACCACACAUCAACAAUCCCAAUAAACCCACUGAGAUACCGCAAGAUAACGUGAUUCGCGUUCACUACUCACCGCCAACAUGUCAUCCUUUAUGCGACUGUCCACGUUGUGUGAGAAUUAUGGCUCCCAUUCAGUCAGUAUGCGUGGAGGAAGCAAAAUUAAACGUUAACAUAUGUAACUCCGAAGGAUUCACACCACUGCAUGUCGCAGCGCAGUUUGGUCGAUGUGAGAUGCUUCGACUUCUUUUGGACGCCAGCGCAAAUUGUAACCUGCAGACCUAUCAAGCUCUCUACACUCCAUUGCAUCUUGCAGUAAUAAAUCAAAGGGUGCAUGUGGUAAAGGAGCUGUUACUUAGUGGAUCGUGUAAACUUGAUCUUAAAGAUGGAAAAGGAAAUACCGCACUGCAUUAUGCUUGCCGCAAAAACGAUGUGCGGAUUUUGGAUUUACUCUUGACCAAGGGGGCUGAUGCUCAUAUACAGAACAAAGCGGGAAAGACGGUUCUGCACCUUGCACAAGAAAAGUCACUGUUUGCUGCUGUGAAUGUUAUCACGCAGGAUCGAUGUUAUUUGCGGUCGCCGGAUGAAGAUCUUUUUACUAACGAUUAAUACGUGCAAUUGAAAUAUUUAUACUUUAUAUUUUUAUAUUUAUUUAGUGUUAGGUUUGUUUUACACCUCUUCAGUUGUUUUGAUGUUUUGUUAGGUAGUGUUUGCAAAUGCAUACAUAAAUAUGUGUCUUUUCAAAUAUAUAUUUUUCUCACAAAA